AAACUUUUGUUCCAGUGGCCUCCAAAAGAAAAAAUAUUAGCGAAUAUUAAAGCCCUUUCAUCAUCGAUAGAUAGAAAUCUAGAAUAUAGAAAAACAAGCAAAAAAGGAUUUUCCUUUUUGCUACUCCGUCGUCCACCAGCUUCCUCCGGCCGCCGUAGCGUAGCCGAAUUGUCCCGCUUCGGGGCUCGGUGGCUUCUCCGGCCGGCGAGAGUCUGUCUCCGGCGAGUGUUCGCUCUCCUCCGCGAGGCUGAGGGGAUCCCCUUGGACGCUCGGAAUUGGGACGGGAUGAUGGGAUUUUGGCUGAUUCCGAUGGAGACUCCGGCGAGGCUUCUGUGGAGCACCAGCUUCUUCCGCCACAAGAUCGCCGCCAUGCUCGCCUCCUCCUCCUGCUUCUUAUAGAUCCGAUCCCUCACCGUCGUCGUCGGCAGCUAGUUUCUGUUCUGUACAUACGUCGACGCGCGUAUAGUUAAUUUUCUCUCCUAUAAAGAAGUAAAUAAUCUCGAUCCAUGGAGUCCGGCCGGCUCAUCUUCAACGCGACGGGCUCCGGCGCCGGGCAGAUGCUCUUCCUGGACUGCGGCGCGGGCGGCGGCGGCUUGUUCCAUCGAGUGAUGAAGGUGGGAGACCGAUGAUGAUGGGCCUGGAAGAAGGGCGCGGCGUAAAGCGGCCCUUCUUCACCUCCCCCGACGAGCUCCUCGAGGAGGAGUACUACGACGAGCAGCUGCCGGAGAAGAAGCGCCGCCUCACCCCGGAGCAGGUGCAUCUGCUGGAGAGGAGCUUCGAGGAGGAGAACAAGCUGGAGCCGGAGCGCAAGACGGAGCUGGCCCGCAAGCUCGGGCUGCAGCCUCGCCAGGUGGCCGUCUGGUUCCAGAACCGCCGCGCACGGUGGAAGACCAAGCAGCUCGAGCGCGACUUCGACCGCCUCAAGGACUCCUUCGACGCCCUCCGCGCCGACCACGACGUCCUCCUCCAGGACAACCACCGCCUCCGCUCACAGGUGGCGUCGUUGACCGAGAAGCUGCAAGAGAAGGAGGUGACGGACGGCGCUGGCGCCGACGCCGCGGUGUUGCCGGUGGAUGUCAAGGCCUCCCUGGCCGAUGACAUCGAGGAGCCGGCCGCGGCCGCGGAGGAGGCGGCGUUCGAGGCGCAGCAGGUGAAGUCCGAGGACAGGCUGAGCACGGGCAGCGGCGGGAGUGCGGUGGUGGACGCGGACGCGCUGCUGUGCGGCCGGUUCGCCGCCGCCGUCGACAGCAGCGUGGAGUCCUACUUCCCCGGCGGCGAGGACCACUACCACGACUGCGGGAUGGGCCCCAUGAACCCCUGCGCGGGAGGGAUCCAGUCGGACGAUGACGGCGCGGGCAGCGACGAGGGGUGCAGCUACUACCCCGAAGACGAAGCAGCCGCCGCCGCCGCGCUCUUCGCCGGACACGCCAACCCCCACGCCGCCGAGGACGAGGACGCCGGACAGAUCAGCUGGUGGAUGUGGAACUAGGCAUUCCGCAUUCUUCCCGCGCCGAUCGACCGUCAAAUUGAUCUUGUGUUGUCAAGAACUCGUACCUCUGUUUUCUUUCGCAACGUUGCUGUAAUAUGGUGAAUUCCUAGCUACUGUUUGAUUAUGGAGAAGGUGUAUGGAUGCAUGGUAGGGUAAAAUUGGGCAGUUAAUAUUGUUAAUCCCAAUCAGUUGUGGUGUUCGAUAAGAUUAAGAGAUGAGUUGGGGUGAGAAAUAAGUGCAUGGAGACAAGCACUCUUUUCAUGGCACAGUGCGUUGUGUCAAUGAGAUUUACUAGUCAUCGUCGUCGUGCCAUUUUGUCAAGAUCAAUUGGAGUUUUAACAUUUACUGCA